AUGUGCGGCAUCCAGCUGGUCGAGAGUUAUAUUAUGUUACCAACCAAUAUUAAUCCCCCGUGUAUAACUACAGUAGGUAGAGGCACCGGCGAGAAGUACCUUUUCCCUUCCCUCCUGCGUCUCGUCUCGUCUUGUCUUGUCUCGUCUCAUCGUCUCGAACCGCUUCUCGACAGCUUCUCGACUGUUUCAUCUUCUGCUGCUGCUGCUGCUGCUCUUCCUGUUAUAAAUAGUUCUUCUGCACAGCUCGCGGCGGCCCCCCCCUUGAUCCCUGGAUAUCUCUGUCUGCCUAAGAAAAGACACAAGAAUAAUACACAGCCAGCCAGCCAGCCAGCCAGCCCGAAGAGUCUCGUCUCAGCCGGCGUAGUUAGUCCUCUUGCUCGCCCCCAAGGGCCUCUCCUGAAGAACUGGCCGCCCCCUUCGCCUCCUCGCUCUCCUUUUCACCAUCUUAUAUCUGUCGUUUUCUUUUCUUUUCUUCUUCUCUUCUUCUUCUUCUUCUUCUCUUCGUCGUCUCUUCUACCUCUCUCCGUCGCUAGGGCUGCCUUGACCUCUUCCACUGACACUGGCGGCCGCCCCAAACAGCACCAGCAGCCCGUCGACCCCCGUUGA